UGGCUGGGCCCGGGCCGGCGGCGGCUGCGCGGGGCGGGCGCGGCCAUGGCGAAGCACACGGUGUCCUCGGCGCGGUUCCGCCGGGUGGACGUGGACGAGUACGACGAGAACAAGUUCGUGGAUGAGGAGGACGGGGGCGACGGGCAAGCGGGGCCCGAUGAGGGCGAGGUGGACUCGUGCCUGCGGCAAGGGAACAUGAUGGCUGCACUGCAGGCAGCUUUGAAGAACCCUCCCAUCAACACAAAGAACCAGGCAGUGAAGGACCGUGCUGAGAGCAUCGUGCUGAAGGUGCUUAUCUCCUUCAAAGCCAAUGACAUUGAGAAGGCAGUGCAGUCGCUGGACAAGAACGGGGUGGACCUGCUCAUGAAGUACAUCUACAAGGGCUUUGAGAGCCCCUCCGACAACAGCAGUGCUGUGCUGCUGCAGUGGCAUGAGAAGGCGCUGGCUGCUGGAGGAGUUGGGUCCAUUGUGCGUGUUCUGACUGCGAGGAAGACAGUGUAACUCCAGCAGGGAGCUGCUGGUACAACCCCUGAUCCCCCUCCCAGCAAGGCCACCCCUGGGCAGCCCUGUCCCCCAGCUUUGCCUUUGCCCUGUUGCUUCUAUCAUACCCCACCAAUUAUGCACAUUGUGAUCUCUUCUGUAGUUAAAUUCUGGAAAAUUAUGAAGGUGGAAUUUUACUUCUAACAGGAAUAUUUGGUACCUACCAUCCUUUCAGUGAUAUAUUCAGUGAUGUAAACAAUUCAGUGUUUAGGGUGAUUUGCAUUUGUGUGUAAUCGUGGCAGAUUUGGACCUGACUCUGAGCAAAUGCUGAGGGACACAGGGCAAUGUCUUAAUUUUUUGCUAGCCAAGCAUUGUUUUGAGUUAAAUCUUGAUACUUGAGAAGUGGGGCAGCUAUUAUUAACACAGGUAACUGGACCAUGUUGCCUUUGGUCAACCUCUGACCCUACAGGGUGAAUAGGAGAGAAAAAAAGCUCUUUUUCAAUCCCAGUUAUCAUUCCAGAGAGCCAGGUAUUUUCCUUAACCUGCCCAGGUUCCUUGCCAUCAGUUUGAUGCAGGGUGUACAUUGGGAAGGUCACAGUGAGAUGGAGUUGUCCAUCAUGCAGUUUGGAAAGUGGAAUUUAAAAGGUCAGUGGUCCAUUUACAUUGGAGCCCAGCCCAGUGAACUCUUCUUAUUUUGGGGAGCAGAGAUCCUGAGGAGAAGAAGAAAAAGCAGCUUUUACACAGCAAAUCAUCUUUCAGCAACUGGAAAGUGAUUUGUUUUUGUCAAGCACAACUAAAUGGCUGCUUGAGGUAGUCUGAGAGACAUGUUCUGGUAUCAAUACCAUCCUUUCAGAGCCUCCCCUAUUUUGUUUUCUGGUAGUGUAGGGUCUGUAAGGAUAACCAGACAGCUCACAUUCCUGUUGCAUUGGGCCUCAUCGUGUUAGCUAGUGGCCCAAAUAAAGAAGAGUAUUUUAAAGAAUUAGGAAAGCCCAGGACAUCCCAGACCACAGAUCACCAUAGAAGAUUUAAGGCCAGGAUUUAAAUUACAUGUGUUUUAAUUUCACUAUUUUACUACAAUUCAGUUGUGUAAAACUGUUAGGGACCUUGAGAAAUCUUUGCUGUUUUUUGAUAUCUGCUUUGUUUUUGUAAUAAUAAUAAAGACCAUACAAUAAACCAUCACUGAAUAUUUA